CAACGCGCGAACGCGCGUUUUGAAAGCUCCAGUGCGCGUGCUCGGCUGGCUUGUUGCGAGGGAUUGAAGCCUCGGGGGCGCGCACGCAGGAAGUCCCGUCGUUUCACGUCACGUCGAGGCACGUCACUGUACGUCACGGGUCCGCAUCGACCCACACAAGAGAUGCUGAGGUGACAACCCUGAGCAGGAGAAACCAAUCUGGGAACCUUUUCCCACCCUCUUUUUCCGACUCCACGCCACGAUGGGAUCCAGCUCCGCGUCGCCCCGGGCCUCUUCCGCGGAUUUAGCGGCCCUUAUCUAACCACACCCGGGCUGUUCGUUUUCGGAUCAAGGCGAGAGUUGUUUGACAGGCUCCAGAUGCUCGGCCCCAUUUGAGACUGUCGCUUAAGAGUGGUGGAGGGCGCGGGGCAGAGGCAGCGUAGCGGUCCGGUUCUUCAGGCGGCAUGAGCGGGGGAGCGGAGCAAGCCGACAUACUCAGCGUGCUCUCCCUGGUCAAGGAACGAUGGAAAGUGGUGAAAAAGAUCGGGGGCGGUGGUUUUGGGGAGAUCUACGAGGCGCUGGAUCUGCUAACGCGGGUCAGCGUCGCGCUCAAGGUGGAGUCGGCGCAGCAGCCCAAGCAGGUACUCAAGAUGGAGGUGGCCGUGCUCAAGAAGCUGCAGGGGAAGGACCACGUGUGCCGCUUCGUGGGAUGCGGCCGCAACGACCGCUUCAACUACGUGGUGAUGGAGCUUCAGGGUCGUAAUCUGGCCGACCUGAGGAGGAGCAUGAGCCGCGGGACGUUCAGCAUCAGCACCACCCUGCGUCUCGGCCGCCAAAUCCUGGAGGCUAUCGAGAGCAUCCACUCGGUGGGCUUCCUGCAUCGUGACAUCAAACCAUCCAACUUUGCCAUGGGUCGCUUCCCCAGCACGUGCCGCACAUGCUACAUGCUGGACUUCGGCUUAGCCCGCCAGUUCACCAACUCGUGCCAAGAGGUCCGACCGCCCCGCCCAGUGGCAGGAUUCCGAGGAACGGUGCGUUACGCAUCCGUCAACGCACACAAAAAUAAGGAGAUGGGUCGCCAUGACGACCUGUGGUCCCUCUUCUACAUGCUGGUGGAAUUCCUUGUCGGCCAGUUGCCGUGGAGGAAGAUCAAGGACAAAGAGCACGUGGGCAAAUUAAAGGACACGUACGACCACCGUCUGAUGCUCAAACACCUACCGGCGGAAUUCAGUGUCUUCUUGGAACACAUUUCCAGUCUGGACUACUUCACCAAGCCAGACUACCAGCUGUUGAUGUCGGUAUUCGACAACAGCAUGAAGACGUACAACGUGGUGGAGAACGACCCGUACGACUGGGAGAGGACAUCCACCGACGGGACCCUGGUGAUCAGCGCCAGCGCCACCACGCCGCAGCACCUCACCCGCCUCACGCCCGCACACAUGGGCAUGGCCAACGCCUCUGUGAUUCCGGGCGACCUGCUGCGCGAGAACACAGAGGAAGUUCUGCAGGAUGAACAGCUCAGCGACGCUGACAACAUCGGCGCGCCCGAACGCGUGCCGGGUUCUCCGGGCCACCCGCCGCGGACGCAGGAGGCUGACGUGUGGGAGGAGCUGGACCGCAACCGCAACCGGAUACGCACGGCUUUGUGGAAGGCUGCUGCCGAGGAGGAACAAAGCAACCCCCUGGGUAGCCCAGGCCACCAGAGCCCGUACGGAGGCCCCAGCGUGGGGUCGCCCGUCAAGAUGUCGUCGGAGGAGCGCGAGGGCCCUCUGCUCAGGAAGCUGCGCAACAUCCACAGCUUUGAGCUGGAAAGGAGACUGGGCCUGGAGUCCAAACCCAAUCCAGAACGCUUCCUAGAGGCCUGUUCCACAAAGCAGACGCCCAGCAGCGCCCAGCAGCAGCAGCAACAGCAAAAACAAGAGGAUGAGGAGGCAGCCGAGGGGGCCGCCAUCAUCCCAGUGAACCAAGCUUUAGCUCCUCCUAACGGAGAGCGUCGCGAGCGGGUUUGGCACUACGACGAAGAGUUCCUUUCCGGCGGCGGCGGCGAUGGCGGCGGGUCUCCCAAAGCACCGUCUCCCGCCUCUCUGGAGCACGGCGACGGGGCUGCCAGCAGCGGGGGCUUCGUGGCCCUCAACCUCAGCUCAGGCCGGCAGGACGUGGACUCACGGGACUGGGUUCUGGUGGAGCGGCCCGGAACAAAAGCCAGCUCCAGCCCUUCAGAACAGGAAGAGGAAGAGGAGGAGGCGGAGGUCCUGCAGGAACCGGGGUGGGAGCGGGGCGUGCUGAGUCCCGGCUCUGGGAAAGCAAAGCCGGACAGCACGGCUUCCUCCAAGGAGAGCGCGAAAGCCGACAAACUCGAGCUCAGUGUGGGGCCUGCGGAGGCCCUGCCGCCCGUCACCCCCACCAGCCCGGCCGAAGCGCUGACGGAGGGGAUCCUCACCCAGCACCCAACCUCUCCUCCGUCCCUGCCCGAGGAAGUGGCCACCCGGACCUCGGGGCCCAUCCCUCUGCGCUCCCCCAGCCCUCACACCCUCUUCAGCACCCUGUCGGACCCUCUCCACCAGCGCCACCCCCUGGCCAUGAGGCGUAGCCAGUCUGCCGACCAGCACCGGGACCGGCCACCGUCUUCUUCCUCUUGCCACGCUUCCUUACCGCUUCCGCUCAGACCCUCACCCAGUCGCAGGAAACUGCCCGCCAUCCCGGCCGGCGCCGCCAACGCCAACUUCCCCUCUGUCAUUCAUAUAACCAGGGCCCAGCUGCAGCAGCUGACAGCUCAGCGUCCGUCCGGGCUGUCUUCGGGGUCGGACAGCGUCCACCCACCGGAGAGAUUUGGCGAAGCCGAAGCGGAGCCCAGCGCGGACUCCCCGGGGACGCCCACGGACCCGCCGCCGGUCAACGGGGACGCCUCGAGUCCGGUGCCGAGCCGCCAAAGCGACUCCCCCCACUCCCCUCGUAGUCCCUCUUUGCCGAACGGACACCAGUCGCCGACCCCUCCCUGCUCUGAGAAAGACAAUCUAGCCCCAGAAAAGCCGGGCAGCCAAAUUUCCCCGUCCGCGCCUCGACGCCGGCAGAGUCGCAUCCCCGUACUGGAACCGCCACCCCCGGGCUCAGCCAAAGAAAAACUGCUGCAGAAGAAAGCCAACAACCAGGUCCCGCUGCCAUCCCCCUGCGCCUCGCCAUCCCUCUCCGACCGCCGCGCACCCGCCGCCGUGGCCUCCCUGGCCAGAGAUCCGCUGUCGUCGGCCUCGGACCGCUCCCAGGAGGAGGACUCGCUCAUGGGCUCACGCUCGGACCGACACGGGGACGGCUCCCUGUCCUCCUCCUCCAGCCCCAUGUCCCGGCGGAGCAGGAUCCCUCGGCCCGUCCACUCUACCUUGUCCGCAGAGCAGCUGGCCGCCCAAUUCCUGCCCCGCCCGCCUCCUGGGAAGCCGCCAUGCCGCAACACGGUGGAGGGCAGGAUCCGACGCUACCGCAUCCGAUCGGGCAGCACCAGCGACUCGGACCUCCUGACCUGCCUGGCUCAGCUGAUGCACGGCGCCCGCGGCUCCGCCGCGCCGUCGUCCGGAAGCUGGCGUAAGGGGCCGACGGGCGUCAGCAGCCUGACCGGCUCGCCGCAUCACGUCCGCAGCUCCAGCGCCUCGCCUCGCAGCUCGUCCUCGCUGCAGCGUUCCGUCAGCUCCUCGCCCUCGCGCCACGAGCACCGCGGCAGCUUCGGAGGAGGAGGAGAAAGCUGCCAGGGCCGCAGCCGCUCGCCGCCCAGCUUUUCCGGAUCGCCUCCGCCGCGCCGACUCUUCCACCACCACCACCAGGAAACGUGCUGCAGCCGGCAGGCCCGCACCGCCGCCUUGCACCUGUCCAGGGCGAAGGGCUGCAGUCGGGAAGGCAAGUGCUCCAGCAAGCUGGCCAGAUAGUUGCCCGGGAGGUGAACGCAGAACAGUUUUCGGUAUCCCUCCUUCUCUUUCCGAACCUCAUCGCGCGCCCCCCUUGUUCCAUUACUGUUUUCUAAUGUUCAUGUUAUCGUGUUGGAUAACAAAAUAGUGCAGCUGCGAUUUUAUUUCCUGUCCAGGGAUCAGUAGUUGGUACUGUAGCACGGUGUUUUCCAACCUUUAUUGAGCCAAAUGGAAAAAGCGCAAGCGAUUCAGUCAUUCAAAUACAAUUUCAGUCACAUCUUACAAUUCUCCUUAAAAAUGUACGAUUUGCAGAUAGGGCUGCAAUUUAGG